UCAGUUAUCCACACUGAUCUAACCCCCGUUCAAAAAUGCUUCUGGGAACAUUUGUUGCCGGGAAAUACAAUCAAUUUUGCGCAGCAGCUUCCCCCUUUCAUUCUCUCUUUCGAAGAAAAAUAAGACCAGUCUGAACGCAGGGUUUUGAUGCAGCUGUCGUGCAGUGACAUAUUAACAGGCAUGGAGCCGAUUCUCCUCACUUGAUGAUGACAACAGAUCAAUUGUAUUAAUCCUCGGGAUAAAUUCGUCCUCCUGUCAGAUUCCAGUUUCCUGUUGAGAGGAAACUCUCUGCGUGUAGGACUUUCUGCAAACAACAAACAAUAUCCGACAAUACUUUGAGCGACAAAAUGCCAAAAGAACAUUUCGACGAAUAUCAGCCUCUGCUUAUCAAAGACAAAAAGCGGCCAAAGCUUCCGAACAAGUCACUUCUGCUGGCCGCCUGUGCUGCUUGCAUAGGAGGAACCUUUCAGUAUGGAUAUAAUGUAUCUGUCAUCAACGCACCCACUGUGUACGUGCAAACUUUCAUCAACCAAACCUGGAGGGAGCGUUACCAAACUGAGAUAUCAGAGAACAUUCUCACUCUGCUCUGGUCCACUAUUGUGUCUGUGUUCACUUUAGGAGGAUUCAUAGGAGCAACAGUCGGUGGGACACUGUCUGUGAAGCUGGGGAGGAAAGGGACACUGUUGACCAAUAACAUAUUUGCAUUAGCGGCUGCUCUGCUGUUGGGUCUGAGUUACCCUACAGGAUUUUUUGAAUUACUCAUAAUUGGACGUCUUCUCACUGGAAUAAAUGCGGGCAUUGGCAUUUGUGUUCAACCUCUGUACCUGGGGGAAAUAGCCCCAACUGCAUUUCGUGGUGUCAUGGGAAUGGGGACCUCGGUUUUCAUCACCGGCGGGAUCUUGACCGGACAAGUGAUUGGCCUCAAAGAGCUCCUGGGUGGAGAAGAGUACUGGCCCAUCCUGCUCUCCACCACAUGUAUCCCAGCGAUCCUGCAGCUCCUGGUCCUGCCCUGGUUCCCAGAGAGCCCGCGCUACCUGCUCAUCGACAAGGGAGACGAGGAUGGAUGCAAGAUAGCCCUGAAACAACUGCACGGUACAGACGGCUGUAAUGGUGAACUCGAGGAUAUCGAGAAGGAGAGGGAUAACUUAGCAAGUUUCAACGCCAGGAAACCCUGGGAGCUUUUUACUGAUCGCACCGUGCGCUGGCAGCUUCUCACCAUCAUUGUGCUCAACGUUGCACAACAGCUGAACGGCAUCAAUGCUAUUUACUUCUAUGCAGACUACGUGUUCAAACAGUCUGGUAUUCCCGAUGACAAAAUACCGUACGUGACUGUCGGCACUGGUGCCUGUGAAUGCAUCACUGCUUUAACGUGUGGUAUGCUCAUUGAAAGUCUGGGGAGGAAAGUGCUCAUCACAGGAGGAUACACACUGAUGAGUAUCUGCUGCAUUUUGUUCACUCUGACACUCACUUUUCAGGAUGCCAGCCCAGUUGUUCCAUACAUGAGCAUGGCGUGUAUUUCUGGUUUUAUCCUGAGUUUUGGCUUAGGACCAGGUGGCGUGACUAACAUCUUGACAACCGAACUAUUCACGCAAACUGCCCGCCCUGCCGCUUACAUGAUCUCAGGGUCAGUGAACUGGUUGAGCUUCUUCUUCAUUGGCCUGGUCUUCCCUUUUAUUGUGAUCAGGCUGCAGCAUUAUUGUUUCCUUGUGUUCUUGGCUGUCUGCUCCUCGGUGGCCAUAUACAUUAUCCUCGUUGUUCCUGAAACCAAGAACAAGACCUUCCUGGAAAUCCAGAGUGAGUUCCAGUCCUCCAACAACAGAAAGGCCUGCAGUGUCGAAGGUGCUGGAGCCAAUCUGUUGUCAACUUCUACAUGAAGUGUAACCCUCAGGGGCAGAGCAAUUAAAGCUUUUUCUAUGUCUCACAAUAUUUAUGUCACAAGAUGAGUGAUUGCUGUGAGGGUGUAUAGUCCAUACAGACACAAAACACAAUAGAUCACUGUGUAAAAUUUAGUAUAAUAAUGAAGAUACAGUAAAUGAUGGUGCCUUACUUGAACUUCAGAUAUGCACAGGGUAGUCAUAGCUACAUCUCUGUCUUCACCUACAAACAUAAUUGAAAGUUAAAUCUUAAUAUUUUGUUAUGAUACAUUUUGGUUUGUACAACUUUUAUAAAUGGUGCUUUGCUGAAUUUUUUCAAUAAACAUCAGUUUAUAAAGAA